UCAUACUUCAUUGUAAUCUAUUUUAUAUUGAGGUAGGACCGCGGUAAAACAGCCUGCUGCUUUACCGACAUCGUAUAUGUCAUUUUGACAUAAGAGAAUUCGCGUUUUUUAAUAUAUCAAUAUAAUUUUUAAUUUUUCAAAAUGUUUAGUUCAAAAGAAAUUUACGUAGAUCUUAAAGAAAAAUAUGAUAAAGUACAAAAGCUCAUUCUCGAGGACAGCAAACAAGAUCCUGCAGCCGAGCCAUAUAAAUCCAAGUAUGCCGCAAAGGUUAUACUUGAAGGGAUGCAAACUCAAUUGGAUCAAUUACAAUUGAAUGAAAAUGAUGAUAAAUAUAAAUUAGAUACAAUGUACUCGGUAGUUCUCCUAAACUUAGGUCUAAUCUGUGUUGAAACAGAAGAAUUAUCCGCAGGCGAAAAAUUCCUUACUUCUUGUGUGUCCAAACUAGAAGGCAAUCACUUAAAAGAUGAUGCAAUUUUAAUGACCACUAAUGCUUUAAACCAACUAGGAAUUUUAUGGUCCCUUCGCACAAAAGCUUCAAAAUCUAAAAUAUACCUUGAUAAAGCUGAACAAUAUUACUUAGAUUAUAAACAAACCGAGAGCAAACCCAUCAACAUUACAGAUAUAUUCUCCUCCGACGCCACCACAUCUGAAGAAGGCCUACUCUGUUUAGAGAAAACAUACACAUUAACUUUAUACUACCUUGCACAAGUAUACGGCACCUUAAAUGAAGAUUUAAAAUCAUCUCUGUACUGUCAUGUGACCUUAAAACGACAACUGGAAUUUAAUGAUUACGAAUCUAUUGACUGGGCACUAAAUGCAGCAACUUUAUCACAAUAUUUUACUGAAAAGAACGGUUUUAAACAAGCACGACAUCACUUGGCAGCAGCAUCUUGCAUAUUAGAUAAAUAUGAAUCCGUUUUAGAAAAUCAAGUGACUGAUGAUGAGACAAAGGCAGCUAAUUUAGAACAAUUUAAACAUAGAUCUGCAGAUGUAGCGAGAUGUUGGUCUAAGUAUGGAUUAUGUUUACUGUCUAACUCCUGGGAAAGAUUAAUGAAUCAUGCAGAUGAUCCAGAAGAUUCACCGGCUUGCAACUUAUCAUCAGAUUUAUCCGCACUGGUUUUGAAAGAUGACAGCAAUAUAAGUAAACAAUUACAAAACUUUACAUUUGAAAAUUUAGAUUUAAGUCAUUAUGAGAAACAGAUAUCCUGUGAUUUUGUUUUAACAUUCGAUGAUGCUAAACUGGUGUUCUUAACAACUCAAAAUUGGUUGAAUUGUGCAAAAGAAUAUUAUACAUUGGAAAAUUUAGCUUCAGAAUAUGCACAAAUUAUAAUGGAUUAUUCACAAUUAUUUAAAUACCUUGCACUAUUUGAAGAAGAUGAAGAUCGACAAUGUAAAAUGCAUAAGAGAAGAAUAGAUCAGAUGGAAGAAUUAGUGAAAAAUCUCAAUCCGCAAUACUAUUUGCAAGUUUGUCAACAAUUUUGGCAUGAACUAGCAUUGGCAUACUCCACUAUAUUAGACAUUAAAUUAGAGAAAUUGAAAACUCAAGAUAAACCUACUCCUCAUGCUCUAAUCAAAAUUAAUAGUUUAAUCGACAAAAGUAUUGGUCACUUCCAGAGUUUACUUGAAUCCGUAAAGCAUCCAAUCAAAAAAGAAUUUCCAGAAACAUUCUCAGAAAACGUUGAACUAUUUGCAGUCCCAUCAUUCUUUUUGGUGGCUAGAUUAUAUAAUAAAUAUAUCACUCCAGAUAAGUUAGCACAAAUGGAAAAUACAAAGAAGAGUUUAGAAUACUAUGAAUUUGUAGUAAAAUACUGUGAAAAACACCCUGAAUGUGCAAAAAGACUAUCCGUUGAAUUAGAAGUUAGCAAGGAACUUGUGAAUCUGUUGCCUUUGAAAAUUCAGAAAUUAGCGGGUGAAAUUGUACAUUAACUUUCUUUUGCUUCUCAAUUGUAAAACAAACUAGUCAUUCAGAAAUGUUUUGAAUAAAUCUUGUAAUAGUCAAAUAAUGCUAUAGUUGUAAUGUACAAUGAUUAUGCAAGCUUAUUAUGAUCUUUAACGACUUUGAAAUAAAACCAUAUUUCGAUAGUGUA